UCGGGGCCCCCGGGUGGCACUGUCGCUGCGCUGCGCUCCGCGGGGGCCAUGGCCUCCUCCGACGAGACGCGGCUCCUGGUGAGCCCGUCACACUGCUCCUCCUACGCCGCCGCCGCCGGGACCGCUUUCGGCGACCCGCGACCCUCCUGUUCGCACGGAGCUCCUCUCAUGUCUCCUCACUCGUUUCAUAUGAUGUCAAAAACAGCUUGCAUAUCCCCUCAAGUGUCCGACUGUGAUACACAGACAAAAAAAGAAAAUAUCCGUUCCUUGACUAUGUGUGGGCAUGUUGGUUUUGAGAGUUUACCCGACCAGCUGGUUGACAGAUCCAUUCAGCAAGGCUUCUGUUUUAAUAUUCUCUGUGUGGGAGAAACUGGAAUCGGAAAAUCGACAUUGAUUAACACAUUGUUUAAUACCAGUUUCGAAGAACACGAAUCCUCCCAUUUUUGUCCAAAUGUUAGACUUAAAGCCCAAACAUACGAACUUCAGGAAAGUAAUGUUCGAUUGAAAUUGACUGUUGUGUAUACAGUAGGAUUUGGUGACCAAAUAAAUAAAGAAGAGAGCUACCAACCAAUAGUUGACUACAUAGAUGGUCAGUUUGAUGCAUAUCUCCAAGAAGAACUGAAGAUCAAGCGUUCUCUCUUCAGCUACCAUGAUUCUCGUAUCCAUGUGUGUCUCUACUUCAUUGCUCCCACAGGCCACUCUCUGAGGACACUGGACCUCUUGACCAUGAAGAGCCUAGAUAGCAAGGUGAACAUUAUUCCACUGAUUGCCAAGGCAGAUACAAUUUCUAAAACUGAAUUACAGAAGUUUAAGGUCAAGCUCAUGAGUGAAUUGGUGUGCAAUGGCGUCCAAAUAUACCAGUUCCCAACAGAUGAUGAGACUACUGCUAAGAUCAAUGCUUCAAUGAAUGGACAUUUGCCAUUUGCUGUUGUAGGAAGUAUGGAUGAGAUAAAAGUUGGAAAUAAGAUGGUCAGAGCUCGCCAAUACCCUUGGGGUAUUGUACAAGUGGAAAAUGAAAACCACUGUGACUUUGUAAAGCUGCGGGAAAUGCUCAUAUGUACAAACAUGGAAGAUCUGCGGGAACAAACUCACGCUAGGCACUAUGAGCUGUACAGGCGUUGCAAACUAGAGGAGAUGGGCUUUAAUGAUAUGAGCCCAGAGAAUAAGCCCAUCAGAAUUUUUAGUCUUCAGGAGACUUACGAAGCUAAAAGACAUGAAUUCUAUGGUGAACGUCAGAGGAAGGAAGAAGAGAUGAAGCAGAUGUUUGUACAACGAGUGAAGGAGAAAGAAGCUAUAUUGAAAGAAGCAGAGAGAGAGCUGCAGGCCAAAUUUGAGCACCUUAAGAGAGCUCAUCAAGAAGAACGAAUGAGACUUGAAGAAAAAAGAAGAAUUUUGGAAGAAGAAACAGUUGCUUUCGCUAAAAAGAAAGCUACCUCUGAGAUAUUCCAAAGCCAGUCCUUUAUGGCUUCAAGUGCCACAGUGAGAAAGGAGAAGGAUCGUAAGAAGGAACCAGGCUAUCGAUUGGAACUCCUGUGCUUUGAUGUCAGAGCUUGUGAAACCAAUGAUGGACGUUAUGAUGCAGAUGAAAGUAGAGAGGGCUACAAUACAAGGGGGCAGCAUGAGUAGCAAUUGGAUGAUAAUCUCAAGCUUGUAGGUUUUGGUAUGUGUUAAAAUCAAAGUUUUAGAAAAUAAGUUUUUCUUUUUGAUAUUUUCCUUCUAUUCUGUGUUCCUCAUUUUUUUCUACUACUUAAAAUAUCUUUUGUCUGUUCACUCAUUUGCCUGGAGUGAAAUUCAUCAUGAUUUGUUCUGCUCAAAAUGUUCCAUUUUUGGUCUUUUUCUGUUUCCUGUACCUGCCUCUGCCUUAACAGUAUUAUGUCCUCCUGUGUUCUACACAGAACAAGGCUUUUUUUCUCAGUGCCUAUAUUCUAUGAAAUUAUUUGUUGAAAGAAUGAAUGUUGGUAUAAUAGUGAUGUUUGAUUUAAACUUUGGACCUCAAAAGAUAAACAAUAAAUAUAAUUUAUUACUGCUUUCCAAAAUGCUUAGAAUUGUACUUGCUAAAGGAUCUUUUAACUUUCUUUCCCCUUCAUCUUAAUCCAGAGUUACUAAAAUUACAUUUUCCAAUUUUUCCUAUAUAUUGAAGACAAUUUAUCUUGUAAAAAUUGUUUUUGUGCUGUCCUGAAAGCCAUGCUUUUGUUUACAAAUUAAAAGCCAAGUACAUAGUGUUGUAAGCUCAAAUUCAUCCUCAAUCCUGUGGGGUGGGAGAGCAGCUGUUAAAAGCUUGAACAAAUUUUAAGUAUCACAAUUAAAUGUGAGCUGGUUUCCCACACACAAAAAAGAAAAUUGUUUGGUAGGUUCUUUGUUGUAUUUUCUUUCUGUUCUCAAAGCUAUCAUAUAUUAGAAGUAUAUUUGCUUUUUCAUAAAUAUGUUACUAAUCAAGAGAACUUUUUAUCUUUUUCCAGCUUCAAUUACAUGUAACAUAGGAGUUCGAGAGCAAAGAAGUUAUCACAAGCAAAAGUUAUUAAAAAAUUAUAAGUA